GUGCGUUAAGUCAGUGUGCGUGUGUGUGUGUCUAGGCGGGCCCACAGUGUGUGUGGGUGGAGCUACAUGGCCUGUGUGUGUGUCUUUGGAGCGGUGAGCAUCACCAGCCAAGGCGCUCACUUGCAUGCAUGUGCAGCUGCGAGUUGGGUGCAAUUCAGCCCUCUUGGGUUGUUCAGCACUGCAGACCAAGCAGCACAUAACAGCCCACGGACUCAAUCUCUCUAUGUCUAACGCACAUGCUCUGCCCCACCGAUUUGCAGACACACGUAGACACACAGGCACACUUUAAAGAGUCUAACACUCCAUCAAAGACGCACACUUUUUUUAUCACAUGCAUCGCCAGUCACUCAGACUGCGUCAUACACAUUGCCUCUCUGUAUGUCAGGCACACGCAGAGGGUGCCUCGGUGUUUUUCACUCGCAGCCUUCCCAUUGUCACACGCACACAUGCGCUCUAUCUCUGCCACACACUACACCACACACACUCUCGUCUCGCAGUGUACAACAAAGCACGCGCGUCUCCUCUAUCGAUAGUACCAACGGAGCUGCAUUCGUCCCAAGAACAAAACUUUGACGUUGACAUCUUCAAGAAGCCAAGGUGCUGCCAUGCUAGAUGCAUUGAGCAAUCUGCGCAGGUGAUCAUUUGCCGACAGCAGCUCCUGUUGUCUACAAUGCGGCCGUCUGGGUGACUGCCGCAGCCCCCAACGCACCCUGCAGCUCCCCCCUCCCGCGCCAGCCGGACCACCGCUCUGGGCACCAUGCCAUCCCGGCCGCCCCACCUCGGCCCCUACCGACCGCCCCUGCCGCCGCCGCUCGCGCGUUCAGCGGCCGUGGCCUCCCUGUUGGCGAGGCUCGCCGUGUGCCUGGUGGCCCUGGCAGCGCUGGGCAGGGCCGGGCCGGAGGACUCGGAGCAAUGCGCCCGCAAGGAGCACCCUCGCUCCAGCCUGGCAGACGUCUCCCCGUGGCUCCAUAACUUCACCUUCUCGGGAGCGGUCAAUUUCUCACAGAUCGCCUUUGAUCCCAGCCGGGGUCAGCUGAUCGUUGGAGCCAGGAACUACCUCUUCCGGCUCAGCAUGUCUAAUCUCAGCCUCAUCCAGGCCACUGAGUGGAGCUGCACAGAGACCACCAAAAGCUCAUGCUUCAGCAAGGGAAAGUCUGAGGAGGAGUGCCACAACUACGUGCGGGUGCUGUUGGUGAGGGGAAGCAGGCUCUUCAGCUGUGGCACCAACGCCUUCUCGCCCAUCUGCACCGACCGCACGCUGGGCAACAUGAACCGCGUGCUGGACACGAUCAACGGCGUGGCUCGCUGCCCGUACGACCCGCGGCAGAGCAGCGCCACGCUGCUCACGGCGCGCGGGGAGCUCUACGCCGCCACCGCCGUCGACUUUGCCGGCCGUGACCCGGCGCUCUACCGGAGCCUCGGCGGGCAGCCCACCCUGCGCACCGCGCAGUACAACUCUCGCUGGCUCAACGAGCCAAACUUCGUGCUGGCAUGGGAGGCGGGUGGCUUCGUGUACGUGGCGUUCCGCGAGCUCGCCGUCGAGCAGGAGUGCGGGCGGCGCGUCGUGUCGCGCGUCGCCCGCGUCUGCGCCAACGACCUGGGUGGCCGCUUCCUGCUGGAGGACACGUGGACGACCUACAUGAAGGCCCGUCUCGACUGCUCGGGGUCGUCGUCUGGAACGGCCUCUUCUGGAGCCGGGGGAGCCGGAGCCGCCGGGUCCGGAAGUUCGGGUUCGAGGAGAGGCAACGCGGCGCCCGAGUACCCGGAGCUGCGGAGCGCCGUCUACCUCCCCGAGGCCGGGCUUCUCUAUGGGCUAUUUUCCACCAGCGGGAGUGGUCCGCAGGCAUCGGCGGUGUGCGCGUACAACAUCAGCAGCAUCGCGGGGGCCUUCAACGGAGCCUUCAAGUACCAGGAGGGCCCACGUGCAGCGUGGAUGGUCCAUCCCAACCCCAACCCCAACUUUCAGUGUGGCCGAGUGUCCGAGGGCCCCAACGUGAACCUGACGGAGCGCAGCCUGGCCGACGCUCAGCGUCUGCUGCUCAUGUCGGAGGCCGUCGCCCCGCUCGGGGGGCGUCCCGUCAUCGCCCAGCCCGAGGUGCGCCUCUCCCACGUGGCCGUUCAUAGCAUGGCGGCAGCGGCGGCCUCCUCGUCCGGCCGAACGGCCGUCCAACACAUCCUCUACCUGGCCACAGAGCGUGGCACGGUUCAGAAGGUGGCAGCCGCCACUGGAUGCGUCAUCGACGAGAUGGAGCUCCUUCCAGCCGUCCAGCAGCAGCCAAUCAGAGCGCUGCGUGUGGACCCAGGGGGCGAGGCGCUGUUUGUGGGCGUGGACGGCGGCGUUCUGCGCCUGCCACUCGAGAGAUGCUCCACGCACGGCACAGAGAGCGCGUGUCUGCGGGCACGAGACCCCUACUGUGGCUGGGAUGGGAUACUGAGAAGCUGCAUUCGACUCCGAGAAAACUGGGAUGCCAGAAGAUCCUGGAGACAGGAUCUCACCUCCUGCCCGGUGCGCAACCUGACCGUGGAUGGUGGGCCGGGACCCUGGUCGGCGUGGGAGCCGUGCCAACACUGGGACGGCGACGUGGGGGGCAGCUCCGCGGGGGGCUCGUCGUGCCAGUGCCGCCGCCGGGCGUGCGACUCCCCGGUCCCAGGCUGUGGGGGGCGACCCUGCCCGGGACCCAGCGUGCAGGUGGCCAACUGCUCCAGGAAUGGCGGCUGGACACCGUGGUCCACGUGGUCUGGCUGCAGCGCGUCAUGCGGCAUGGGCUUCCAGGCGCGGCAGCGCUCGUGCAGCAACCCCAGCCCGCGGCACGGGGGCCGCGUGUGCGUGGGGCAGAGCCGAGAGGAGAGAUCACACAAGCAGACAAAGCGGCAGUACUACUGGUUCUGCAACGAGCGCGCCCGCUGCCCCGUGCCCGCGUCCUGGGCGCCGUGGAGCCCGUGGGAGCCGUGCAGCGCGCCCUGCGGGGGCGGCACGCGCACGCGGAGGCGCACGUGCACCGCCGACGACGCCGGAGACACCGCCUGCACCGGCUGCGACGCGGAGCACGAGGCGUGCAGCUUGGACCCGUGCCCCGAGACGCGACGCAGCACGCCGUGGACCCCCUGGGUGCCGGUGGCGGGCGGCGGCGGUGGGAACGCGUCGGCUCGCGGGCGGCACGAGCAGCGCUUCCGCUACACGUGCCGCGCUCGCCUCGCCGAGCCCGGCGGGCUGGACGCGAGCCGGCGCAAGGUGGAGAUGCGCUUCUGUGCCGCCGGCACCGCCGGCACCGCCGGUGGCGCUGACGAGUGCUCCAUAGAGGGCGACGUGGGGCUUCGUGCCGGGGGGGCGGCAGCCACCAGCACCGCGUGGUCUCCCUGGGCCGCCUGGUCCCAGUGCUCGCACCGAUGCGGCCGCGGCUUCCGCAGCCGCAGGCGUGUGUGCGGCGCCGCAGGCGGAGCCGGAGCGGCAAUGUUGACGGGGCAGCAGCAGCAGCAGCAGUCGCAGCAACAGCAGCAGUGCCCCGGAACCCCGACGGAGUUCCAGGAAUGCAACCUGCAGGCCUGCCCAGUGGACGGCGGCUGGUCGUGCUGGAUCAGCUGGUCUGCCUGCUCGGCCACGUGUGGAGGAGGCCACCGGCAGCGCAGCCGCGCCUGCACGCACCCCCCGCCGGCACACGGAGGGGACAUCUGCCUGGGCUUGCACACAGAGGAGGCUCUGUGCAACACGCAGAGCUGCCCAGACGGCUGGUCGGAGUGGAGCACGUGGAGUGAGUGCGGCGUCUCGGGAGGACGGCGUUACCGCUCGCGCCUUUGCACCGCGCCCUUUCCCGACGUCCGCCGAUGUCCGGGCAACAGCACGGAGGAAAGGGGCUGCCCCCUUCACCCCAAUGCCAUCGAAAUACCAGUAAAUGUGGCAUACUCGACAAAGGAAGACAAAAGGAAAUGUGGAGAGUUCUCGCUGGCCCACGUGGUGGCGGCCGGCCUCACCUGCGGGCUGCUGGGCUGCCUGCUCGCGCUGCUGCUCGUGAGCUGGCGCCGCCGCUGCUGCUGCUGCUGCUGCGGCGGCGACGCGGCCAGGGGCGGCGGAGCGUCGCGCGGGGCCACGCUCGCCCUGGCUCGCCUGCCGCGGGGCCCUCCGCCGCCGAGCGGCCUCCUCGCCGGGCCGCUCCGCGCGCCCGGCGGGCAGGGCCCCGCGUCGCUGAACCCCGGCCUCAGCCCCGCGCUCAGCGGGCUCAACACGACCAAGCUGGACAAGUACGACUCGCUCGAGGCCAUCAAGGUUCUCAACAAAAAUUACCUGAUGAACGAAGAAAACACCAAGUGUAUCAACUCGCACAUCCACACCACGAAGACCUUCGCCAACACUCUCUACUCCGACCUCAAGAAAUACGACGACUACUGAAGGGAACCUUAAAAGGGUGCAGCCGCUCCUUCAACUCCUCCUCCUCCUCGUCAAGUUAUUUCGUGCAAUCGAUUUGCGCAUACGCAGCAGCUCACUUCGAGGCUGCAAGCUGAGGAGAAUGUGGAAUUUACAAAACUCAAGAUCGGAGAGUCAUCGCAUUUGAUGCCGCUGAUGUCAGCACCCCUUGCCAACGCUUCCAAUCCUCCUGGGAGAUCCACAGCUGUUGAGCCGUUGAUGCCGGAACUCCAGGGUCUCAUCACCAACAUCUGACUUUGGAUCUUCCCCUCGGCCGCGAGCCUCUGGGAGACACUCCAAUGGCUGUCUCUGUACGCUGCCCCCCUCCUUCCCACACUCACGAGCCCUUAUCAACCGUAAAAAGCCAAUCAUCUGAUUACAGUAAUAGUACAAUAAUUCAAAAGGGAGUUGGAUUUUCCUCGCACAUAAGGUGAUGCACUACCUCACCGCUACACGAACGCCGUAGAAGGAACCCCAUCUCAAUUAAUUAUCCGGAAAUCUCAUUGGCUUCGGCUGUGAAGGCUGCCGCUGAGAGUCCCUGCAAUUCUGAGCCAUGCGCCCAAAACUAGCGGCUUCCCUUCCGCCGCGAGUUUUGUUACGUCAACAAAAAAACUCGCGCCGAUAUUUCUGUUCGGUUUACUCCACUGGGACAAAUGUUAUAUUCCGCCCCGAGUGGCUGGAAAUUUCAAUUGCGGCGUUUACCGGUCUGGAUAGAGGGUUUUAUGCCACCGUCUAAUGCUUGGGGAUUUCCCCGAGGCUGGCUGUCACCUCAAGAUAGCCACGUGGGCCCCCUGGCAGCAGCAUAUUCCUUGUGAACCCUUGCACCCACACUUGUGUUAUGAUAAUGCACAAUACGUUGGGAGUGAACUGCUGCAGCUGAAGAAGUGAUGGGAGUAAUAACUGUUACAAAUUUGCCUUUUACCUUCAAACUGGAAAAGAAAAGAACUGCUGAGGGUCAAGGCACUUACAAGGAACAUUGUUGUCUUCUAUAAUGCAAGAUAGUCGUCAUCGUUCAAUGUUUACGUAAAGUUGUUGCAUGACCUUUAACAGCUACAAUGAAGUAGACACGGAGUCAAGUGUCAGCAUGAUGUUAUAUAAUUUUAUUACAAAAUGAAUAAAGGACCAUUGAAAGAGCUCAUUCCAGCCCACGAAGAUGAUUUUUGCCAGCUGUAUAUUGUGGCUGAGCUUUCAAAUGUACAUUUAUUGAAGUUACUUUAAUUAAGAUUGGUUGGAUACUUGUUUGGAAAUGGAUUAAAAUUGAAAGUGGUAUGUGUAAAAAGUAUCCAAUACAUUUUCAGUUCUCAAUAUAUUUCAAACAAAGCAAAAUAAAACAGUUUAUUGCUGAGACUGUCACAUUUGAUGUAAUAAUUGCUAUUUGCAAUAAAUUAAAAUAUGGAAUAAUACUACUUAAAAUAUUUUAAUAAAAAAAUAUAUAAUUUUACACUUCGCUGAUGCCAUAAGUAUGAAAAAAGACACGAAAGGUAUUGCUUCUGGCUCUGCCAGUGUUUAACACUAGACGGUAAAAGUGCAGUAGAAUUAAUUUGAUGCCGAGGAUGAAAAUAAUUACAAUUUAGUUCAUGUUCCAGCCGUUGCUUGUUCAAUGGGACUGUGUCCAUUGGGAUCGAAAGGGUUUUGUUUGAGCAAGGCAAAGAACAAGAUUACACUUCGCAUUCAAUUCGGUCAGUUUGUGAAAGUUGAAACAUUUCGUGGUUAAGUGGAGUUUUGUGGUUUUCCAGCACAGGCGUGGAAUGGUUUUACUCUCUCAUUUUCUGAAGAAAUUUAUUUGGAAACUAAAGAAACUUUCACUCGCACACGUGAGCAGCGAUUUCAUGCGCACGGGCAAAUCUCUGCACGUCUUAACAACUGCCAAUCGCUUCAAAACGAUUAGAGUCAGGUUAUUUUGAUAUAUGAACGCGCGUGGGGGUCAAGACGAAUGCGAUUUCAUUUCUUUAAAGUAUUCGGCAGAACCAGGUACCACACCUUGACAGGUAAUUGCAAAGGACCACGCUUCGAGAUUGUAAAUAUGAUACUUGUUUUGGCAAAAGCACUUACUGUGCAUUCUCACCCGAGUCCAUCUCGAGGCCUGUUGGGCUUGGUGUUUUCGCGAGACCCAUGUGCAUCCGAGCAGCGCUUAACCUCACGAUGUUUGAUGGGAAAUAUUAGCUUUCGCUGUGGUCAUGGGCGCGAUCAUUUAUCACCAAUGGCCAUGUGGCGUCAUUCAUGUCCAUUCUCAAUGUCUGCUCCCUUGCUUGUAGCGUGUGACCCCACAGCUGGAACGGGAACGGUGUGUCCAGGUUUCUGUUGAGGACACGGGCAUACGGUAGCGCUGUGUAACAUGAUAAGCACUUAAUGGGAACGCACGAAAUAACGAUGCACCGGUUCUCGUCGGAUUGUGAGUAAAUCACGGCAAAACGAUAAACAGUAAAGGCAUAUUGGUCACCGUCAAAGUCAAAGUAAACGUGCAUUUACUAGUCGACGCGUUUCAUCAUCGUUCCCACAAUCCGCCAAGAUGGUGCGGUAGAGAUGUCGUACUUUGUCGCCGCCAUUCCCUGAUGAACUUGGUGGUGGUGGUGUCUGUGGAUGUCUCCUGCCAAGGACAGCGAGCAACCCGGGGGCACUGCAUGAACAGGCCGCAGCCUGCUAUUGAAACUCCUGAAGCCUAACCGGUGCAGGGUUUGCUUGUUCAACAAAUGCUCCAUUUUUUUUCUGGAAUGCUCUUUUAGGUCACUGGAUUUGAGUGCUAUGGUAUGUGUUUCACUUUGUAAAAUGAAAGAUGCUUCGUAUCGUCUGGAAACCUGGUCCUGCAUGUAUGUAAGUAAACGUUGAGACGUAGCAAUUGACCAAUGGUCGUUACGCUGGCUAAUUUGUACCAUUCUUCCUCAGCAUCGAUUGAAUUCUCUGGUGUGUUUGACAAGCGUUGUCAGUACUGUACGUGUAAAAGAUGUUAACUCGUGUUGCUUUGUAAAUAGAAGUAUAUUGCGCUGUCGAUUUAACUGAUGUAAUGAAGCGCCCGUACGCGUUAGUGUAUUAAAUUGAAUGAAGGAUAUAUUAUACACCGCCCAGUUGAAUAUUUGGUCGUUGACAGCGAGAAGGAUGGAAGCCGCGACCUCAACGCCACUGAAGGUCAACAAUCCCCAUAGCAGAGCUACGCCGCGCUUAUUUCGCACCACGCAUGGCCAAUGCAAACGUGGACAUGGCUUCUGCUGCUCCCAAAACGACAUUUAUUUUGCUUUUUUUGUGGAAAGGUUGGGGGUGGGGGGCUGGAGGAGUGGCGGCAGCGCUCUGCCCGCUGCGCCAUGAACCUGGCAUCAUUCUGAUUUCAAUUCCCGGCCAGGGUUAAAGUGAGUGGCGAGUGAUUUGAGAAAACAGGUGGCGUGCCUCCUGUUUCGCACACCUCCCAUUGGCGCGCUUGGCUACGUACGGUGCGAAAGAAGCUCAAAACAUGAAUACAUCUCGCCCUUUACCAGCCUGCACUGAGCAGCGUGGUGAAGUAUGGUCAAAACAACCUCCAUGAGACCCUUCAUCAAGCAGUCGAUUGACAAAGGCUCAGUAAAUUAUCAUAAAAAUUUUUAGAUUCAAUAUACCAUUCCAUGUUAGCUAACUUUACACCUGCAAAUGCAGCCAAGGUUUUUGUUUGUUAUAAACAUCGGCUUAAUUGUAACACUGGAAUACAUAAAUUGUACACACAUUUUAAUCACAAGGCCAGGUGGCCUUGUUCAUUCAUUGUAUAAUAACAAGAGUCAUAUCGGUUCAGAAGAAUCAGUGUAAGGUUAUCGAAACAAAAAAAGCCUCAAUUUAAGAUCAAAGCAGUUGUUCAGAGAUUCAAAGAUAUUGCAACAACAAAUUGUAACAAGACUGCAUUUUCUACUGCGGGCAGUAGAAUAUUAAAAAGGGAAUACGCGAUUUCAAAAACCAACUCGUUCCAUUGUCUCGGCUGGGCUGGCAACAUCGCUGUGUCCAAAAGAGCACUAAAGCAAGCAAACCUGUUUGGCGAGGUGCUGAAUUGAAUAGCCGCUCUGCUCAUUGGACAAUAGUUGCGCUCACGUUUGGGGCUGCGGUGGCAAUGCACGACGGGCGACGACAUUGGUCGCUGCUAGAUCCUUCAUCGUCACCUUUCUCUCGCCUCUCUUAAGAGCGGUCGCGCCGUUACCUUUGAACGCUUGGGCCUUGGCCUAUGAAUGCACGAACAAACAAACCAUUGAACCCGCGUGCUUUGAUCUGAGCCCCGUGCUGUGGUGGAUGCUACUCGGUUUUUUCCACGGGACCGCAUGGCCAAGCGGCGUAAUGUCUUACGACAACUUAAGAAUAACGCUGAUCGUACCUCAAACGUACGGGUGCCAAAGUGUUCUUUCAUUUGUUAUCCUUAAGCCAAAAAUUGCCAUCUUGCGAUACAUUAAUAAUUGAGUAUCCAACUUCGCUCCAACCCGCAACAAUUAAAUGAUAUAAACAUGGGUUUCACCGGUGCAUAUGCAAUUUUUGCUUUAUUUUAUUUUAAAAAAACUGACUUUAAGUUUCUUCACCCUUAAUACUAGCUCAGAACUAAUCACAUUUAUACAUCCUGAACUAGAAUGCCCAACUUGGGUCUGCCUCUACCUUACAACGUAAUGCAGUUAACAGUGUGCCCAUCAGUUUUAUAUUCCUGGCUCUUCGUGUUAUUGUUGCGUACAUAGCCAUGUCAAAGUCAAAGUGUCUCCCUGCUCAAAUGAGCAAUGCGGUAGCACUCAUCCCCAAUGAUGGCUUUUAACCAGUCUUAGAAAUGUUACAAUCCUAUGGCAUUGGCCAAUCUUUGAAUAGGAUAAUCAUUGUUUCGGCCCACAGUACAUACUGUAGAGUCAUAAAUGAUGGUACUAAUUUUACCACCGCUUACGUUGAUAGGCUAGGUUGAUCCCAGAUUCAUAUUUGAACUUGUUCACGCUUACGGUGGCUUUCAGACCGCAUCCAUUAUUUUCGUCUCCCCCCUCCUCUUUUCCGAACAUAGAUGGACUCGUCCAUCUGAAUAACUGCCAAAUCGCUCUCCGUGGUGCUAACGUUAAAAAAAACGCCACUUUUUUCAAAUUUUCUUGCUGUGGUUUUCACACCUGAUGAUGAUUGCUUGUGUUGCAGUCGAAACGUCGUGAGAAUUUUAUUGUUUUAUAUUUUUAUUAUUUUAUUGUUUCCAUUCUACGUGACUUUACCGAAAGAACCAAGAAUAUGAAUCCCUGCAGUCACGAAAGCUUUAAAUCAAAAUUUGUACCCCUCUGUCAAACACAAACCACAUUUUCACUCUGCAACUUUAUUUUCUUGCUUAAUACAUGUGUUACAUUAAACCACGCACAUUAUUUUAGAUUUUUAGAUCAUGCUAACAAAAGAUUGGCUCAACACAAAUUACUUGUUCAAACACCGCACACAAAUCAUCCUCAAUUCCCUUCUAAUCCGGUUUAUAACUUUUUUAAAAAAAUUCCUUAGCUGUGUUGUACACUGGUGGACGGUUUCAACGCUGGGAGCAAUUAAUGCACACAAUUGACUAGAGUUACGGAGAAAAAUGAAACUAAUGAACAAACGCGUGCACUUUAUUUCUCCCAAUUGUUGAGUGUAGGAAUGCGUUCUCCCGUGUGGAAGCGUGUGAUGUGCCAGUGCUUUUGACGCACAUCCCUGCCGUGACUCGCAUGCACGCGAGUGCACUGCCACAGAGCGUUGCAGGGAAAGUUUAUAUCUCAGUGGUGUUUAUUGAUUACCACAUGCUUUAGUCAUACGUUGGUUUAAACAACAAAAACAGAUUUACUCGUGUAAAAAAAAUACAAUUCAGAUACCAGCGCCAACAUGAAAAGGUCCCAAGUGUGAUAAAAUUAAUAGUAAUUGUUAAGGAGUUUGUCAAGAGUAUAAUUUUUUCAGCAAUAAAUCUUUUCAGUUGUUACUAAUUUUGCAAAGAAAAUUUGCAUUAAACGUAUUGAGUUUUUUUUUUUAUCACCAAUCUUAACAAAAAAUAAUUGGACAGUUAUCGGCGGUCACGAACCAUAAUUCUAUUUGAAACUAACUGUCUUCCAGUUUGGUAGGUCUAAUAGAAUAAAACUAACGUCACUAAACUUUAUGAACAUUUGUUUUGUUCUUAGAUUGCCAACUUGAACACAAACGUGGCAUCAAGCGUGUAUUAUAAACAAACGGCACGUGCGUGGCAUCGUUUGUAUUGUACAGUUUUCAUAUGUCCUCAUUACAGUGCUGUGAAUUACUAUAAAGUUACGUAUCUACUUUGAACAAUGGUAAACAACACACAACCAUCGAAUCCACGGUAUACAUACAUUAUAUUACAUGCACAUUUGCUUUUUCUGAACACUGUUUAAAGUUGCCCCCAUGUCGUCCUGCAGAACUUAAAUAUCGGUUUUGCCUGCCAUGGCAUUGCCCGCUGCUGUGUGUGGCCGCAGAUCACUCGAAGCGAUCCUCAGCAGUAGCUCUGCAUUGUAUACCAACGCACGGUGUCCAAUGCCAUGGUGAUUGCACGUGUCAAAUAACAUGAAAGUGUUUUUUUGUUAAGUGUAACUGCUUAAUUACGAGAGCGGGGUGUCUGUGUAUCGUCGUGUUCGUGGGCACCGGUGUUGUUGGCGCUGCUGUGCUGUUUCCCAUGCAACCCGCGCGUGUGUACGAAUAUUGAGUUACAUAUAAAGUCCUUUUUUCUUAA